AUGUGGCUAGCAGGGCCACCGGGUGAGAGAUUAUCCACAGCAGAGCAAAGGCUCAGGCAGGGGUGGAAGUUCACAGAAGAGGCAGACACAAUCCACCAUAGUUUAGUCAGGGUUUCGACAGCCACCACCACCUCAGCCAUCUUAGCCAAUUAUAACAGCUCAGAGUUCUCGACCGGGCAGAAGGGCUUCUUCUACUGCACCAACUCAGUAGUCUGGUUAUCAGUUGUCAAGGGUAUGUUCCUUGUGUCCCAUUCUUGGGCUAGGGUGUUGUUUGAUUCUAGUGUUUCCUUUUCAUUUAUUGUUUCAUCUUUUGCAUGGGCAUUGGGGUUGGAGGUCAGUCAGUUAGACAGACCGUUUUGUGUUGACACGCCUAUUGGGGGUUCAGUCACUCUUGGUAGAGUUUGUAGGGGUUGUUCUAUCACGAUUGUUGGACGUGUUCUUGAGUUCGAUCUCAUCCUUCUCGAGAUGACAGGGUUUGACGUCAUUCUUGGGAUGGACUCGUUGUCUUCAUUCAGAGCCAUUAUUGAUUGUUUUAGGGGCAAAGUUUCAGUAUGUACCCUAGAUGGGGAUUGUUUCUGUUUUGUGGGGGACCGGUGUGAUUCUUUCACUCCUUCAUUCUAUGGUAUUAGAGGUCAGGAUCGACAAACGUUCUUUUUAGCUAGCCUCUUAGCUGAUGAUGACGUUGAGUUUUGUUGGGUUGAUUAUCCGAAGGUUGUGCGUGAUUUUCUGGAUGUGUUUCCGAAGGACUUGACAGAGUUUCCUCCACACCAAGAGGUGGAUUUUGCUAUUAACUUGAUGCCUGGUAUCAUGCCAAUUUCUAUGGCACCAUAUCGUAUGGCACCGAUUGAAUUAGAAUAA